GAAAGGGUCGGUCCAGUCGCUGGUAUUGCUGAAGUCGUCGGAGCAGAGAUGGGCGGAGGCGGCGAGCACCACCACAUAGAUGCAGCGCACGGCGGAGAUUACCGGCAGAAAGUGUGGAGUUUGACUGGAGGGCCGUACUGCCGCCCCAAGCACUGGAAGCGCAACACAGCUAUUGCUAUGGUUGGCAUCUUCGCGAUGUGUAUCCCUAUCGCGAUGAUAUCUGUCCAGCUCGAGCAACGCCCACAUCAUCCGGUUCGGCCUAUUCCUUCUCAGCUCUGGUGCAAGAAUUUCGGGCCGAAAGACUAUGAAUCUGCAGAAUAAAUUCAAUUUCUGGGAUUCUUUUUUUUUUUUCAUUGCUCAAGCUAGUCAUCAUGCAGUGUGUGUUUUUAUUCUGGAAAAAUAAGAAAUGACUGGACCAUUGAAUACAUGAUGGAUUUUUGUUUGUAAUGUAAUCAAAACUAGCCGUUGGUUGAUUUGAGGCUAGCACUAAUAUCAGCAACUUAUUGUGUUAUA